UAUGUUUGAUGAUAUUCAAUGUGGUGUAGAUUUGCAAGAAGGACCGGCCAUCUUUUUACAGUAACUUGUUUGUUUGGUGGAUUUAGAUCAAAAUUUAAUUUGUAAUUAAUGUCAGAACCACAGUCCGCACUUUUAUUAAGGAAGCAACUAGCAGAAUUAAAUAAGAACCCUGUUGAGGGUUUUUCUGCUGGGUUAAUAGAUGACAAUGACAUUUAUAGAUGGGAAGUACUUAUUAUUGGUCCACCCGACACUUUGUACGAAGGCGGGUUUUUCAAAUGUCAUCUUAAUUUUCCGAAGGAAUAUCCUCUUAGGCCACCUAAAAUGAAAUUCGUAACAGAAAUAUGGCAUCCUAAUAUUGAUAAAAACGGAGAUGUGUGUAUAUCAAUAUUGCACGAACCGGGCGAUGACAAAUUCGGUUACGAGAAAGCGUCAGAGAGAUGGUUACCCGUGCACACAGUAGAAACUAUUUUAAUUUCCGUCAUUUCCAUGCUGGCGGAUCCCAACGACGAGUCACCUGCCAAUGUCGAUGCCGCUAAAGAGUGGCGGGAGUCAUAUUCUGAAUUCAAACGAAAGGUAGCGAGAUGUGUUCGGAAAUCCCAGGAGGAAUUAUAAACUCAUUCAGUGAUCGUCCAUUAAUUAACAGAGAAGGAGCGCAUCUUCGAAAAGAAAAACUCUUUGGAUUCUCACCUCUCCUCUAGCCAGAUUAUUAUUACUAUUUUCUGUUAUUAUUAAUUAUUACUACUUAUAAACUAGUGAGCGAUUUCACCUAUUAUUAUUAUUUGUCUGAUACUCUAUAUCCAUUAUAUAUAUAAUUUUCUUUAAAAACUUUA